GAUUUCCAGUAUUUAGGGAAUUUUAUUAGACAAACUGACAAACUCAAUACAACUGUACCUGUCCCAUACUGAGAGGUAAAUCUGCACUGAGCUUUGUAUUCAUGUCAUUUACUGCUGUGGUUCAUAUGUAGAACAAACAGAUACAAGCAAGUGAAUCUAAAUAGGCACAAAUGACAGUUGAUACUGUACCUGUACACAUAAAACAAUCUCUGAUGUGAAUAAACGCUAUCAGUAUGACAGGUGGACGCUGUUCAAUCCUGUAUUUUUCAGUGUGUCAUCUAGAUGAGCUUAAGAACAGAAGGAUUUCCACAAAAAUAAACGUUACGUUAUAGAAACGAGGAUAUAAACAACGCACUCGUAAAAGUUCAACUUAAUAAACUUAGCCUCGGUGGGUUACUCGAAACUCUUCUCGUCACCCUCCCCGUCGACGUUACGUACGCAGCCGUGGCGUGCCUGCAAGCCAAAUAACAUGGAGUCCUCUGUCUGGCAUCUCCAAGGGAUCCAUGCAAAAAACCUGAGCGGCGAUUAAAAAGAGCAAGUUUGUCCAUGGGAGCAGUCAAAGCCUCUCGCGAGCAUCGUCUCGGGGCGUAAAGCGUCAGCUCCGUCUUCAAACUAUGACGAACGGUGCUUAAACAGCCCAGCCUUUAUCCCUGCGAUCCGCAAAACCAGGCCGAUUUCAGAAGAGGAGGCUACACAAUGUAGGCAGACUGGUCACCAGUGGGACUCCAUACUGUUCUCUGGGGUACCAUGGAGCCAGAGGGACCGCUGACCCCAGGGACCAGUUAUGGGCCCCCACCCUUCAACUCAGCACAAACCUUCCUCAGCUGCACCUUACAGUCCUCAUGCUCUCCAAAUGGGAGAGACAGCCUGAUGUCUGCCAAAUGCUCGUGGGGCCAUGCUGGAGAUGAGGACUCCGUGCAGACUGAGGGCACUCAGCCCAGUGCAGACCCGGGGAAGAGCGCACAGAGGAGAUUCAGGUCCUCAGCCUUUCCUUCCUCUCUAAGCUGGGACUCUGAUUCUGAGAAAGAAACGCUAGAUGAGGAGGAGCUACAGCACUUUUCUAACCCUCAUGGUCUGGCUGCUCACAGCCCAGGAUCUCCUUCUGCUGGACUCAGACUUGAUAGUGAAGAUAACCAGGAACGUGAAAAAGUGCAGCACUUGCAUAGCAAAACGGAUACAUCCACCCCUGUGGAGGGGCAUGAUGACAACAAUGAGAGCACAAAGACAGAGGAGCCAAAUACAUCUAAGCUUGGCCCAGCAGAAUUGGCAGACAGCAAAGUCUGGAAUGCAUCUGACGGAGAUGAGCUGUUUCUGUCCAAAGUAAAACUAAAGGAAGGUUGCCAAAUGGAGGAGGAGGCGGACAACAGUGAGGGAGAUGAGGAAGAGAAAAAGCCCAAGGGAAAGGAAACCAAGGAAGCUGAGAGAGAUGUGUACACCUUCCCUGGAGAUUCAGACCCUGAGAGUCCCCCUCCUGCCCCCUGGGCUCAUUGCACAUUCAUUCAGCGGUGCAGAAAGAAGAGGGUGCUGCUCAGGCCUUUUUCUGGACUUGGCUCCUUGAAGCGCACAUCACCUGAGACUGGCCAGCAGAGAGUGAGCCUUCAGAAAUCAAAAACCUCUGAGAUGGCCCAGCUGAAUCGAGGCGCAGGGGUGUAUGACUUUGAGGAAGUCAGUUUUGGAGAGGGAGCGGUGGAAGAACCGAUCAAGUUCAGAGACAGAGGAGGGAAAAGAGACAAAGAAGAAGAAAGUGGGGUAGAGCCAGGUAGAGAAAUUUUCACCUGUGUGGAAUGUAGCAUUUACUUCAAGAAGCAAGUCCACCUGCAGGAGCACAUGGUUGAGCACUGUCAGAGUGGUUCAGGCGGUGGCAGGCGUUUAGGAAAGGGCGGUCGUUUUCGGUGUGUUGAGUGUGGAUGGAACUUGCCAAAUCGGCUUGCACUGGCAGACCACCACAAAAGGCACCAGGAAUCUCGUCUAAAGAUCCUGGAGGAGAUUGAGAAACUGAAUGAACAUGGGAAGACGAGAGAGAAUCAGAAACUGGACAGUAAGGUUGUUAUGCAAGAUGCAAGUGCAGUCUCAAUUGCAGGCAAAGUGUCAGAUCCAGAAAUAGGCACAUCUCCACCUCUAUCCCCAGCCCCAGUUUCAACACAAGAGGCAGACCCAGCACUCGUUCACUCAGACGCAACUCCUCCAAAUUCAGUUCGAUCUACGGCUCAGGCCCGAGCUGUCUCUGCCUACCGCCGUCGCUUCGUCUGCACCAAGUGUAACUUCAGCACAAGAACCUCCCAGGCACUGGCUAAUCACUCCAAGACCCACAACAGAAAAAAACCUGCUCUCCAGGCUGACUCUCCAGCUCCUGGUUCGCCGUCGUGUUUAGCAUCCACUUCCCUGGCCUGUGGUCAUUGUGCCUUCCUGACCUCAAGUCAAACCGUACUGAGGGAACACCAGAAACUUGCUCACCCGGGACAGUUCUCCAUCAGCGGGGCGCAGGCAGACGAGCCUGGCCAGCAUGCGCAGUCUAAUGUGGGCACUCAAAUUUCUAAACCCAUCCUUGAUUCUGACCGCCUCUCUGGAUCCAGAUCCCCUCCCGAUGCAGCUCAAGGCAAAAGCCAGCAAGGAGUCACUGCCUCCGAGGACAGCACAACACCAGACGGCGCUGCAGCUCAGCCCGCAGGCCAGGUGGUCUUCAAGUGUGUUGGGAACAGGAGAUUCAGCAGGAGAGGAAAGGCUUGGACUGAGUUGGCCAAGUUUCACCCCAGACUGGAUGAUGACAAGCUGCCUGAGAGUGAAGAAGAAGCACAGGAUGAGUAUCAGAGCACAGAGCUUGACAGUGAAUUGUCCCAACAAGAAGCCAGCUCACCAGGAGGAGUGAAACGACACAGUAGAGCGAGAUCCAGCACAGAUGACUCUUCAGCUCAAAGUGGUACAUUAUUGCUCCCGCCUAAGAAGAAUGUGAAGGACGAAGGCAAGCAGGAAGUGGAGAAAGAUGGAAAGGUUUUCUUUUUGAGGAGGAGCACCCGGGUUACUGCUGCUCCUGCAGAAAUUGACAGUGAUGAUGAUGAUGACGACAUUGACGAGGAGCGUGUGCGACGUUUUCUGUCAGAGGGCAUCUUGGAUGAAGACAAAGACGAGAUUGAUGAGGACGCAGAGGCGCUGAAGAGUGUGGAGAGGAAGUGCCCCUACUGCCCUGAUCGAUUUCAUAAUGGCAUUGGGCUUGCCAAUCACGUGAGAGGCCACCUGAACCGAGUAGGCGUCAGCUACAAUGUGCGUCACUUCAUAUCCCCCGAGGAAGUCAAUGCGAUUGAGAAGAAGUUCUCCUAUCAGAAGAAGAAAAAAAAAGUUGCCAACUUUGACCCGGACACAUUCAGUGUGAUGCAUUGUGAGUUCUGCAGCGCUGGCUUCGACACCCGGGCCGGCCUGUCCAGCCACGCCCGGGCUCACCUCCGUGACUUUGGGAUCACUAACUGGGAUGUUACCAUCUCGCCAAUCCACAUCCUGAGGGAGUUGUUCUCCAGCAGGCCCGACCUCGUAAUUCCCACAGCUCCCCCCCGGAGCCUCGCCUCUCCGCAGGAGGAGGGUGAUGAGGAUGAGGAGGAAGAGGAGGAAGAGGAGGGAAUCGCUCAGGUAAAGCUGGAGGGGGAGACAAGUGAAAGGACGCUGAGUGCUGCUGUUUCUGAUGCACUGCCUUCAUCUCCUCAACACUGGAAGAAGGAGGAGAGUGAAGAGUGUGAGGGGGAUGAGGAGGAAGCAGCUGAGGAAGAGGAUGAGGAGGAGUUGCAGCUCCCUGCUCUGGAUGGUCUGAGCUCAAGCCCUGGGAAAACAGGGCUGUGCGGCGUGGACGCAGGCAGCCUCUCUCCCGGGGAGGAUGCAGACACCAAGGUCCACAACUUGAAGUGUGAGGUGUGUGGAGCUCAGUUUGAGACCAGACGGGGAUUGUCCAGCCACGCCCGCUCUCACUUGCGCCAGCUGGGCAUCAGCGUCUCAGAGAGCAGCGGGGCACCCAUCGACCUCCUCUACCAAAUCGCCAAGGAACGCAACGCAGACAGCCAAAUAAGCUCAUCUCUUCUGGAGCCCCUCUCAGCCAAGAACUCCUCCCCUCCCGUUCCUCAAAAAGAUGAGGAUUUAGAAGACAUGGACUUAGAUGAGAAGCCGAUCCCCCUCUCCAUCCUGGCCAAAGCAGCAAAAGCAGCGCCGCCCUCUUCCUCCUCCACGCCUACACCUUCCCCCGGUGCCUCUCCAGCUCCGCCCCACUCUGGCUCCCCUUCCUCAGUAGUGAGGAAAGCCCCCAUUUCCUCUCUGCUGCCGGUGUCUUCCCCCUUGCGCUCCCCGGAGCACAAGGCUGGGGGAAUGAAAAGCUUGACCUCUAGCCUCUCUGCCCCGGCCACCAUCACUACAACCAAACCCCUCUGGGCUCCACAGGAGAACGAUGCUCCUCUCAACCUCACACUGGAGGUGGACCCCAACAAGGACAUUGUUUGUCAGCUGUGUGGCGCCUGGUUCGAGACACGGAAGGGCUUAUCCAGCCACGCCCGAGCCCACCUGCGGCACUUUGGGGUGGAGUACUCCGAAUCCAAGGGCUCUCCCAUCGAUCUCCUGAACCAGCUCAUUGAUACCGACGACUUCAAGCACAAAGCCAAUGCAUUGCAGCUUGACAGCCACGCAGAACCCCGGGGCCUCGCCACCGCGCUCUCCUCUCCGAAACAGCCCCUGCUGAGCCUCUCGUCCUCCUCCCCUUCAUCCCUCCUCUACAAGGUGACCACAGCUGGAGGCGGGUCGACGUCCAAAGCUACCUCUUCCUCUGCCUCGUCUUUACUUGGCCCGCCCGCCAAGCGUCCCAAGUCCUCUUCCAUGCAGGUCUUCCGCCUGAGCAGUGGAGAGCUCAUGGCCCUUCCACACAGUGAACCUCCAAAGGAAAUAGGCUGUGAGUUCUGCGGGGAAUAUUUUGAGAAUCGCAAAGGGCUCUCUAGCCACGCCCGCUCACACCUGCGCCAGAUGGGCAUCACUGAGUGGUCCGUCAACGGCUCCCCAAUUGACACCCUGAGGGAGAUCAUCACGAGGCGGGGCCUGCCCUGUGCCCUUCCUCUGAAACCUCUCAAAACUCCACCUCCGUCCUCUCCGGGACCCCCUCGUUCCCCUCUGUCAACCUCCUCCUCUCCCUCGGCCACACUCCUCAGUCGUCUGCCCUUCGCGUUCGCCCGACCUUCCAGUCCUCCGCAGCCCGCUGUGUCCAAAUCGAGCUCUGCUCCACCUACGUCUUCUGGUGGUCUGAUCCUCAAGCUGAAGCCUGAGCCGGUGCAGGUGGAGGUCACCACACCUGGAGCUGUAGGGAGAUCUGGGGGCCUCGCCACUGAACCUCUCAGCUGUAGCUGGAGCACCUCCGACAAUGUGUUCCCCCUCAACUUGGCCAUGGCCCAUGAAGUGGAACCUACAAGAGAUAUUCGCUGUGAGUUCUGCGGGGAAUAUUUCGAGAACCGCAAAGGCCUCUCCAGCCACGCCCGCUCCCACCUGCGCCAGAUGGGCAUUACAGAAUGGUCCGUCAACGGCUCGCCCAUCGACACCCUGAGGGAGGUUAUGCACAAGAGAGGGGCGGGUGCCUCUUCUCACUCGGACCAGGGAGUGAAGAAGGAGUCAAGCCAGGGAGCCAACAGUCCCCGAUGGGAGACCAGCGGGGGCGCCGGCAGUUCAGAGGGUUUGGGUGUCUCAGGCUACCAGUCGUCCAAAUAUCGUAAAUCUCCUCUCAGUUUGCUGCAGUCAGGGUCGAGGCUCCACAAGCAGGCCCUGGGGUCUGUAGGCCCAUCUGCCACCCCACCUGCAGGGAAGCUUUUCAGGAUGUCCCCGCUGGGGAAAAGACCUCUGUCAGAGGAGGCCCAGUCAGUGGAGACUUCCCACUCACCACCACAUCAGCUCAAGACUUUCUCACCUCUGCCACAUGAUUUCUCCUACAAACGAAAACCCUCCCCAGACAAGCAUGGACACCAGGAUCCCAGCUGUGAGUUGUGUGGGUUCUACUUUGAGAACCGUAAGGCUCUGGCCAGCCACGCACGAGCCCACCUGCGGCAGUUUGGCGUGACUGAGUGGUGUGUAAAUGGAUCCCCUAUUGAGACGCUUAGCGCUUGGAUGCGCAGCAGGCCACAGAAGGUUUUGGAGAUGCACCGCAGCUACAUGCAGGGGAACCGCUCUGCCCUCAAGAAGAAGAGCAGCUCACCUCUGACUGCAUCAGUGGAUUUUGAUCAUAUCCCCCCCAUCUCACCACAGAAGGCCUCUUCCUCCACGUCCUCCUCGUCCUCCUCCCAGUGGUCUUCGUCUUUGGCUGUAAGCCUGGUGCGACCACUGAGCCGUGAGGUCAGCCAGGGCUCUUCCAAGACCACAGAGGGUGAUGCCGGUACCAACUUGCAGGCCGCUGCCAUCAGGCCCGGCCGCAGCAGUCCCAGUCCCUCGCGGCUCGCCGGCGGCCUCCCACUUCAAGCACAGGUGGCACGUAGUGAGCUGAAUGUCCGCCUGCCUAGAGGUUUUGAGCGUCGGCCCUUGAAGCACCCGUCUUGUCCAGAUGGAACGGAAAGAGACAGCGGCCCUCCUAAGCCCCCCCGCACAGGCACCGUACCUGCCCUGGUGCCCAAACCACCCUCCUACCCACUGGUCAAACUGGUGGGCAAGUUCUACACCCUGAAGUGCCGGUUCUGUGAGGUGGAGUUUCACGGUCCACUGUCAGUGCAGGAGGACUGGAUCAGACACCUCCAGCAGCACAUCCUCAAGAUGAACUACAACAAGCCUGCUGCUCCCAAAGCGGCUUCCACUGAACCCCCUGCCCCGGCCGAUGACCCAGUCCCGGUCCAGGCCUCUGCCCUAGCCUCCACCUCUACCUCCAGUACCGCCUCCACCACACCUGCCCUCACCUCCACCCCAACCCGCACCACAGCUCCUAACAGCCGUUGCCCUACACCUCUAGCAGAAUGUGCUCCCACCCUCACUGCCACAGAGAUAGUAAAGGUCUCAGAGGAGCAGCCCACCUUAACUCCGACUCCUAUUCCCCUCCCUACCCAGAUGGUGUAAGCUCAAAUUCAUCGCUCACUGUCAUUUUACCCCUUUGUUUUGUCUUGCCUUUUCUUUUCGUCCAUCUGUUUCUUUCCUUUGGCCUUCACAAAGUGUUGUUGUGGAGGAGUGUUUCCCCUCCAAAGAGCCCUCUGAGCCCCAAGCACCUUUGAAGCAGCUUUCUAGACUGUUACUAAGUCCUGUUACCAUGGGAACGAAGCUCUCCUGGCUUAUCUGCGCACCAGGGAUUGUGGGAACUCUCAAGGUUAUGAGGAGAGAUGAACUAAUGUGUUCUGUUUGCCUUGUUUAUAUUGAAUGUCCAGGUGUUGAUUUGGACCGUUGCUGUACCUCUCCUCCCAUUCACUGAGGGGUUAGUGUAGUCCUAUAUAUACCCCCCCCCCCCUUUACAAACCGUGCAUUACUAAGACCUGUGACACUUUGGCCAUCUCUACCAGCAAGCUGGAAGCUCUGGCCUCAGCCUCUCACAGAGAGGUCUUGACUGAGAUUAACUGACAUUUAUAAUCAUGCUAGUCUUGUGGUUGAGACGUUAAACAUGUGGUAACACUUAGUGUUAAAAAAAAAAGCACUUUUAACGUUGACUUUGUCACUCAGCACUUACUUAAACACCCAUUUAAAUGGGUGAAAUUUGACUAAUUCUGAUUGGUUAAAGGAGCAAGAAGUGGAAGCACACCUAAAAAGGGAAGCCCCCCCCCCAGUUAACUUUAUAAUGUAAUGUCCCCAAAAUAUACAUUUUGCUUGAAUGUAGCUUAAAGCACCUAUUAAUACCUUAAUAUGCACACAAUCAAACAUAUGCCCCCAUGUUACUGUACCAUUGAAGUUUUACUUUGAAGUUGCUAUAACCAUGGUUGGCUAUUUUCAGCACAUAGGGCUGCUGUUGUGUUGAAGGCACAGUUGCUUUUUAAUCUUUGAGAUUUGAAAAAUGGGGCCAUAGAAAAUGUUCAAGGUUAUACAUUUCAAGUUUUUCCAUUCACAGUGUUUCCAUUUUCUUCCUGCCUUUUUCAAUGUAACCCAAAUUAUUAUUUAUUUAUUAUUAUGCAUCUGAAUGUGGUAAGCUAGGUCAUUUUAAAGCUAAAGUAGAUCUUUGGAAUGUUUGAAAAUAGGUCAGCGGUGCACUUUUGCUCAAGUGCACGAUGUGAGUGUGUGUCUUAGUUUGUAUGUUUGUGUACAUACAUAGCAAAUGUGCAUUUGUUUCCCAUUUUUAAAGAGAAAGACAGAAGUAAAACUGCUUGAUGGGAAGACGCCUCCUUAGCUCAAAGUGAACUAAAUUUGGGAGCCUGUCUGUAUGUAGUCCAAUCAGGACUUAUAUGCAUCCAUCACCGUGUUAGGAUGUGCCAAAGAGUCUGUUUACUUCCUUGUCUUGCCUCUGUAACAGCUGUUUACAUUGGACCUGAUGGUGGAGGAAACUCUGCACAGCUAUUGAGUUCCCCAAGGCUCCACACUGAACAAUGGACUGAACAAGUGGUGGUCUGCAUCCACAACACACACACGGCCGAGUUCCCCCAGUUUCAAAGACUCGGGCUACCGGAGCAGGUUCAUGGGACUCGCGUUGUUACUGUAGGGGUUAGAUUAUUCCAAUUAAACAUGAACACAAACCAAACUUGAUUUCAUGCAGGGCUCCUAAGAACUGCCAGCCCUCAGUCCAAACACAGAAACGCAUCUGACCUCGGGCUCCUGAGGCUGAAGUCUGCGGUCUGUUUCUUUCUACAUUGCUUCAGAGUGUGUUCAUAUCAACCUAGAACUGAAGCAAUAACUAAAGGGUCCAUGUAGGCUGAUGACCUUUUAAAGUUUGUUCCAGUGUUUGAACCAUGACUGUUCAAUCCAAAUGAUACCCCAACCCUUUUAUGGAGUAUAGAUACAUACUAUAUAACUACAUGUACUUAAGAAACUGUUGAUGCUAGUAGAGCUAUCAACAGUUCUAAUAGCAAGGUAGUUCAAAAAAUAAUAAGUGAUCUUAAUUCCUCUAGUGUGAUUUGAUUUCAACCUUUGAUGCUAUGUAUUUUUUAUUGCUCUGUGCAUUUCUGUAUUUGCAGUCCUGCAAGGUGAAUCUUAGAGUAUUUUUUAUUUUUAUCUGUUAGUCUCUCCAAGCUGAAACUUUGGUGCUGGUGAGAAUGUUGCAGGUCAGUGAGACGGCGAGCGACUGAACGUGAGGAAAACAUUUUAAUGUGAUUGUCACGUCCUGGUAUCAAAGGACUCUAAUAAGCAGGCCUUAAAGGGGACCACUUUGCACGGUGAGAUAUGAUCCUGUCUCUGCACUCACAGAGUAAUAGACGCCACGGCCUCUUGCAGGUCUGUGGCUACAUUUACUGUGUGAGAUGUGAAUUAAGAGGCUGGUGCAUUAGAGCUCCCUUUUAAGAUUACCUGAAUAAGCCUCAGCUGGUGUAACUGGCUGUUUAGUGUGUAUGUGUGUGUGUGCGUGUGUGUGUGUGUGUGAGUGUAUGUAUGAGUAAAAAAUGAGACCGUGAGAUGACGAUGAUAAAGAAGAAAAAGAUGCAGUUAAAGAAAGAACUGUACUGUACACAAAGGGUUAAGUUUUAAGUGAAUCAACAGAACAAACAAUAAAUGUGAUUUCAAUUUCA